AUGGAGCAGUUUGAAACCGCUCUGGAAACGGUGAAUCCUUCUCUGCAUCUACCGCUGAAGAACGACUACAUUGCUACAAAAUUCGACCUCAAACCACGAGAAACAACUGAACGGGAACAUCCUCGCGUCAUACGAGAUGAUGCAUGGUGUCGAAUUUGGUUCAAGCAAGACGACGAGUAUCAACUCCCCAUAGCCGUGACUAGGGUCGCGCUCAUCUCUCCAAUGGUGAUGAAGUCCCCAGAAUCUGAAGUGCUUUUGAAUAUGUUCUCACUAUGUUUGCAAGACGCUUUGACGGGCGAUGUUACGAAUGCGGCGCUGGCUGGUCUCAACUGCAACAUAAAAGAGGAAGAUUUCGGGCUGCUGCUGGAAGUGAGUAGUAGUUAUUGCGUUGACAGGAAGAGCGUGUAA